AUGGGUGUUAUUGCACGAGUGGAAUAUAUGGAUCUUGAACUCUGUGGGAGACAUGACACUGCCAGAGGCUUAAAAGUGUUUGGCCUCAGACGCAGUUGGCUAGUGUUUGCUAUUCUUGGGGUCAAGAAUAUACCCGACGACAACUUGCCACUUGAAGGAACUAGUCGGCUCACGGGCUUGGGGAAAGCGAAAUUAGCACUUGAGAGGGGAAUAGUCUCUCCUAGUGCUAAUUUUGAGCGUCUGAAUCCUAAAAUUGACGCUGACUACUUGAACAUUGCUCACUCUACCGUUGAGAAGCCUCCAUUACCGGAGGAUAUAGCUCGACGUUGGAAAGCUUCCUUAAGCCAUUGUUAUAACUCUGCUACAAAACUGGGUGGUGUUUCUGGGUUUUCCGGAGGCAGCGAAGACCCUGACGGAGGACUCGCCGACGGAUUGGAGACAAACGAAUCCAUUUACCCCAGAUUACAGCCCAGACUACUUGUUUGGUCAUCUUCUGAUAAAGAAGGGAUAUCUAGGAUUGCGUUGUCAUAUUCUCAGUAUCUCCAUCAACUCUCUCUUGAGCAGGGAAAGAAAUCUUAUCUUGAUAAUGUCGCCUACACCUUGGGGACUCGACGAAGCCUUGUACCAUGGAAAUCAUUCGUUGUUGCUGAUUCUCUUCGAAAUAUCAGUCUAGAAACUUCAAUGUCGAAACCAAGGUUAUCGACUCCGAAAUCGUAUCUGGGGUUUGUCUUCAGUGGCCAAGGGUCGCAAUUGUACGCUAUGGGAAGGGAAUUGUUAUAUUAUCCAGUAUUUAAGCGUAGUCUCCAAGAUGCUAAUGAGUACCUGCGCAAUAUCGGGUGUCCUUGGUCUCUGUUAAAUGAAUUUCUUAAACCUGAGGAUGAAUCUAGGGUUAACGAGCCAGAGUAUAGCCAGGGCCUGUGUACUGCACUGCAAAUUGCUUUGAUCGACCCCCUCGCAAGUUUCGGUAUUUUUCCAUCCGUUGUAGUUGGCCACUCAUCCGGGGAGAUCGCGGCUGCAUACACUGUCCAUUUCAUCUCACGUCGGUCGGCAUGGAAGCUAGCUUAUUAUCGUGGCGUUCUCUCUUCCACUUCGAGUAGAGACACUCACACGAUGAUGUCAGUUGGCCUUUCCGCAGCCCAACUCUCACCAUACUUCGAGAAAGUCGCAGCCAAUUCGAGAACGGUUUCCGGAUUGGAAGCGCAGGUUGACUUUCUGGAAUCAAUAUUGGAUAAAGAUAGAAUAUUUGUGCGAAAGUUGCGUGUCCCAGUGACAUACCACUCCCCCCAGAUGAAUGUUAUCGCAGAAGAUUACCUCAAAAGCUAUUCAAGACUUGGAAUUUGGGGAGGGAGGUUCAUCAAAUCCGGUCAUGAUAUCUUCAGUUACUGCUCGUCGUGUUCACGCAGAGGAUGUCAUUCACAGCGAAUAUUGGAAGAUAUUUCUGGGAUCAUUGAAACCGGGCCACAUUCGACGCUUCAAGGGCCAAUUCGGGAUAUUCUGAAGUCAAUUGGGCGGCAAGCCGAUAUUGGAUACAUUUCUCUUCUUAGACAUAACACUUCGACAAUAGCAUCUACAGUAGAAGAAGCCUUGGGCUGCCUUCAUUGCUCAGGCUAUACGCUCAACCUGCUGUCAAUCAACAACCACUCAAAGGAUGGAGACAUAUCAAGUGAACUGCAAGUGCUGGUAGAUUUGCCUAGUUACCCCUUCACAUAUUCACAGAAGUACUGGCACGAGUCUAGAGCGAGUAGCACGGGACACCGAUUACGGCAACAUGGGCGUUAUCUCGGGACUCCCGUGCCCGACUAGAACCCGUUAAACCCGAUGUUGCGGAAUAUAAUAUAUAAUCAAGAUAUCAGAACUUCCAUGGGUCGAGGAUCAUAAGAUCAACGGAAGAAUUAUAUACCCCGGAGGGGUAUUCUAGUGAUGGCAAUUGAGGCUGCGAAGCAAAUUGCAGACCCGAAUUGUACGGUGACCGGCUAUAACGUUAGGGACGUCGUAUUUCAGGCAGAAUUAAAUAUUCCAACAAGCUCCGAUCGUAUCGAAACUCGGUUUUACAUGAAAUCUAUCAGAAGUUCACCGAUGAGGGUGAAUGGUUCAAGUUCAGCCUUCAUAGCUGCAAUCACGAUAAGUGCACUCGCAUGGCUACAUCCAAAUUGACUACUAUAAACAGGGAGCACUAACAUGUGCACCUUGAAUGAAACAAGAGAGACGACCACAUAUUAUACGCGAAUAUAUCAACAGGGCCGGGUAGUUUGUAACACUCCUGCCACCACAGACUUUCUCUAUCAUAAUGGAUCUGAGUUUGAUUGCGGGCCCGCAUUCCAUCGACUAACGAAUGUUGCCCGUAGCGGGGACGGUCAGGCGAUUGGAGACGUUUCCUUCUACUCAUCCAGAAGUCAUAAUACGCCGUAUACUCAACCACAUGUCAUCUGCAAUCGUUUCGACUGCGCUAGCCACAAAGCUCUCCAUAGUGUUAGCAAUUCCUGUUGAAGACACUAGAUUUCAACAAGCCUAUACAAGAUUUCGGUGCAGAUUCGUUAGUUGCAGCUGAACUCCGCAACUCGUUCUCUCGAGACUGGGGUACUGAGGUCGCAGUCUCUGACAUCAUCGGUGGUGCGACGUUCAAAAUGACGGGGGCUUGGUAGCUAGCAGGCCUCCUCAUAGACAGGCUACUUGGACAAAAUGUGACCUGUGUUUUUGAAGUGCGAUGCAGUGAGUGUGGGGAGUGUCUGGGGGAAAGGGGAGAGAGAAGGGCGUGGGGAGGCAGAAUCACACUGAAGAAUGUGCGGUGGACGUUCAUUUGAAUAGCAUUGUUCUGACACCACUUCCACAAGCGAUGAUAGCAUCAAGAUGUGCUAUUCCCGAUUCUCCCAACGGUGAAGUCAACCAAAUCGUAACAAUACAAAGUCAGCUUGCCAAAUGUGAUAUUUGGAUGAGCGGGAACGAGCCAUGGAUAAUGAAAACUUAAUUACAUCUAGAUUUUACGAUUUGGAAUUUCAGUUCGGGAUUUGCCCAGUAUCCCAGUAUCCCACAAAUACGCCGAGCUAGCUCAAUCGGUAGAGCGUGCGGCUCUUAAUAUGAGUUUAGACUUUUCGAACCAAAUAUUCGAAUAUCCAACCCAAUUGAUAAA